AUGUCUUCAGGCGAGAAUUUGUCCUCUGGCUGCUUGCUUUAUGCCGAUCCCCUUGGUCCACCAACUUCCAAUCAGAAUUCCGGUGGGACACAACUGUCAACCGAAGAACCAAUUGGAUUAGACAAAACAGUCAAAAAAUCGGUUGAACAGGAUGAAUGCAAGCAAACGGUUGGGACCGAUGCCAUGGCAAAUGUCUAUCCAGGUCCAUCGGUGAUCGAGUUGAAUGAGGACACGGAUGCGGAUAAAGUUUGUGAUAGCUUUGUUUCCAAACUACAAUCAACGAAUUGUGAAGAAAGCCUAGUAACUGAUAAAACUAUUGAUUUUCAAACCAUGGACACCACGGCUAGUCCACCGCUGACUGAAGAGUCCGGAAAUCCUGACAGAAUGACGUACAGCAGACAAGAUUAUCCGGCCGUAGAAUGUCCAAAUCCCGGGGAUUUGCACCUGGUGCCAGAUGGCUGUUUUGCCGAUAUCAAUUCCGGACCUUAUGUGAACAGCCCCCCAAUGUAUUACAUCCCUCAAGUUGUCACUUAUUUUCCCACACCAGUUAAAUAUCCCAAAGAGACGGAGGAAAUUGAUGAGACUCAAAUGAACUCGGACAGUUAUGCUUGUACGGAUGGAACGAAUUCCAAAUCCGUACCUCAUUAUCACGCUGGUAUCAUUCUACCUCGAAUGGAAUCGACCGGGGUUGCAGAAAUGAAUCACUAUGUGGGUGUUCCUUGUCCCGAUGUGCAAUAUGCUUAUUCCAACUAUCCCUGCGGACUAAUGGAUUCAACAGAAAGCAUACCGUAUCCGCCUUCAAUGUAUUGUUAUUCACCGGAUCCGGGUUAUUUGAUUUAUACCAAUCCGGUGGUUCAGAACUCACCCACAUUGAUUUUGGCUUAUCCGAUGUGA